UCACAGGCUGAAGAACAAUGGCUUCCUUCAGCAACCUGACUAUUGGCAUUGCUGUUGCCAGUUUUACUGUAUUUCAGCUCCUGUUCCAUGUUUUAAGCUCUUGGGUGUCAACACGAAUAACACCUGGUUAUAACAAUCUCAGCCAAAAAAGGAAGAUCGAAUGGAAUUCAAGGACAGUGUCCACAUUCCAUGCCUUGGUAGUUGGAGGGUUUUGCCUAUAUAUUUUAUUGUAUGAUGAUGCUGUUAAUGCUGACCGUCUCUGGGGUGACCCUUCAAUUGUGAAGCUGAAUAUUGCUAUUACCACAGGCUACCUCAUUUCUGAUCUGUUACUUAUUAUUUACUACUGGAAGGCAAUUGGUGACAAAUUUUUUGUAAUACAUCACUUGGCAGCUCUGUAUGCUUACUAUUUUGUACUGAGCAAAGGUCUCCUGGCUUAUUUUGGAAACUUCCGUCUGCUUGCAGAGUUCUCCACUCCUUUUGUCAAUCAGCGGUGGUUUUUUGAAGUACUGGGAUAUCCCAAAUCUUCCAUAGCCAACAUCAUCAAUGGUGUGCUGAUGACAGUUGUGUUCUUCGUGGUGAGGAUUGCCGUCAUGCCUAUAUAUUACAGCCAUGUAAUUUCUUCAUUUGGAACAGAGGGUUUCCAGAGAUUAGGAUUUGCAGCCCAGAGCGCCUGGAUUAUCUCAAGUGUUGUCUUGGAUGUUAUGAAUGUGAUGUGGAUGGUCAAAAUUGCAAAAGGAUGCCGCAAAGUCAUUUAUCUUAUUGGACAGGAGGAAGCCAAGACUCAUAGAAAUGGAAAAUCUGCCUAGAAAUCAUCCAUAAAAUGAAAUUUCUGCUAUGAAAAUAAUUUGGGUUCACUGAAACGGUGCACAUUUUUGCCAUGGAAUGCUCCUAUUAAGGAAACAAGGUAUUACC